AUUAGUGUAGAGCGGAUUGCACGGUCUCGCACUUGAUCUCACCGGACUGAAUCGCUCAGUCUUUCUCCGGAAGCUAAACAAAGCCGGGAACGCAACAGCUAACCAGCUUCCUCUCUCUAUCCCGGCGGUUAGGGUAUUCGCCUUUUUCUUCUUCUGUUCGCUGCAUUUACUCUAUGGUCAAUGGAGUCAAUGGCAAUUAAAGACGAAAAGGAGCUAGCAUUAAAACCCGGUCCAAGCCCUACAGCGGAGCCGUCGCAUGCUGGGAAUUCUCAGACUUCAAAUAAGAACCAAAACGAAGCAUGUAGGCUGUCAAAGAUGCCUAUGAGCCCCAAGGAUUUCAUGAUCCAAGCGGCGGCCAACAUUGCUUCUCAGCCUCUCCAGAACUACGAUACUAAUGUAUGGGGCGUCCUCACUGCUAUCUCCAACAAUGCCCGCAAGCGCCCCCAGGGCAGUAAUAUACUUUUGAGUGCGGAUGAGCAUUGCAUUGGGCGUCUGGUAGAUGAUUUACGCUUUCAGAUUGAAUCUACUGCUGUCAGUGCAAAUCAUUGCAAAAUAUAUAGAAAGGUCAUUGUGGAAGAUGUGGAGCGUACCUCUGUCUUCCUAAAAGAUACUAGUACAAAUGGAACAUAUCUUAAUUGGGGGAAGUUGAAGAAGAAUGGCCCUGAAACAAAAAUUUGUCAUGGUGAUAUUCUGUCAUUGGCUGCUCCUCCUCAACAUGAACUUGCGUUUGCAUUUGUAUAUCGAGAAGUUCUUAGAUCCACUCCCUCAACAGAAGGUGUUGCUGCAAAAAGAAAAGCAGAGGACUUUGCCUCUGAGACAGAGCUAAAAGGUAUUGGCAUUGGUGCUGAGGGUCCAAUAUCUCUUGAUGAUUUCCAGCUUCAGCGGUCAAACAAGGAAUUAAGAAAGCAACUGGAAAGUCAGGUCCUUACAAUUGAUGCGUUGCGCAAUGAUAAUCGUACAACUAUUGAGCAUCAUGAAAAUGAAAUAAAAGGGAUUAAAGAAUCAAUUACAAAAUCUUUCCAUGAUCAACUGGAAGAGUUGCAUACUAUUUUAGAUGUUAAAAAGAAGGAGCUGAAGGAGAUAAGUAAAUUAUCAGCUGAACAGAAACAUACUAUAGAAGACCUUAAUGAAAGACUUAAUGCAUCCAUGCAGUCUUGUAGCGAAGCAAAUGAAAUAAUGAAAAGUCAGAAGGCAUCAAUAGCUGAUCUCAAGGCACAGUUAGAUGAAGAGCAACAUCAGAGAAGAGAAGAAAGAGAAAAGGCUGCAAUUGACUUAAAACUGGCUGUUCAAAAAGCUCAGAUAGAGGUUCAAGAGGAAUUAAAACGAUUUUCUGAUGAUGCUUUAAGGCGAGAAAAGGAACAGCAGGAAGUAAUUAAUAAGCUUAAGGAAUUGGAGAAACAAAGCUCCUUGCAAUUGGAAAGUUUGUUAUUAAAAUUGGAAGAUACAAGACAAAAGUUGGUUCUGUCAGAUAAUAAAACCCGCCAACUAGAAACUCAAGUCUGUGAACAGCAGCUAGCUACUGCAAAUGAAAGAAAAAAAGUGGAAGAACUCGAACACGAAAUAAAAACACUGAGGAAAGAGCUUGAGAGCGAAAAGGCAGCUCGAGAAGAAGCAUGGGCUAAAGUUUCUUCGUUAGAGCUGGAGAUAAAUGCUGCAAUGCGGGACCUUGAUUUUGAGAGACAAAGGUUAAAAGGUGCCAGGGAAAGAAUUAUGCUUAGGUAAGCUCUGUAAUUAAAGAGCUGUGUUUUAGGUCCUUUUGGGAGAACAUGAUCCCCACGUCACUCACCGAUGUUUUCUGCUGUUUAGGAUUACUGGUUUUCGUUUAUCUUGCUGAAUUUUAGUAUUCAUAUUUGAUUUUGUUUAAUUGUGUUAAUAAUUCUCAUGUAAAAUAUCUCAA